GGAGUUUUCCUCUGUAUUGACUGCUCAGCUACUCAUCGAAAUCUCGGUGUUCACCUCACGUUUGUCCGUUCGACAAACCUUGAUGUCAACUGGACAUGGCUCCAACUGCGUGCCAUGCAAGUUGGUGGCAACGCUAACGCUAUGCAAUUUUUCAAGCAUCAUGGAUGUAACAGCAAUGAUGCUCAGAUCAAGUACAAGAGCAGGGCUGCUCAGCUCUACAGGGAGAAGCUCGCUCAGCUCUGUCGUGAGGUUCAAAACAAAUAUGGUAAUACAGUUCAUAUUGACACAGCAGCCGUUGUAGAAGAGCACAAAGAGGAAGACUUCUUUGCUCAAGAUUUUGUUCAUACUUCUCAAAGCGCAACAUCGUUAAGCAGUGAAGCAUAUAUUGCAAAGGAGAACGACAGAAUCGGCUCAGACGGCGAUCUAUGCGAUAAUCAUGGACCUAAAGUGGACCAUAUCGACUCCGAGCCGGUUGCAACAUCAGCACCUGUUUCGAUAAUUCUCAAAAAACCCAUCAAGAAAGCUGGGGGUGCUAAGAAAUCCGCUCUGGGAGCACAAAAAGUCCGGAUUGACUUCGAUGAGCUGGAGCAACGAGCCGCUGAACACGAAAAGAACCAUGCAGAGGUUGGUGUGACUGCGUCUCAGUUGGAAAAGUUAGAGACACAUGUUGAUCCUGUAGCUAAAUUGAGUGCUCGGCUAGCCAUGCAAGAUAUACAGAAGAAGGCAAGCGAGGACCCGCAAAAGGCAGCUGCCGUGGAUCGAUUGGGAAUGGGCGGAUUUGGAAGGCCUCGUGCAGCGCAUUCGGUGGCACAAGGUGUAAAACCGAUUCGACAGGUCGAUUUGAGUAAGCGAGUUGAGCCAACGAUUUCACUUUCGCAGAAAAGUGAAGACGAUUGGGAAGUUGUAGAAGAAAAAUCUUUAAAUAAGAAUGAUGACGACCUUUUUACCACCGACUUUUCGUCGAAAUCGCGGACAGAUUUCUUUGACAGUUGGGAUGACCAGCAGCAAGAGAUGGACAACAAGAGAAGCACGUCCUCGAACUCGGCUGCCAGGAAACCAGUAUUAGCUGCUCCGCAAUCGGAUGUGGACAUACAAAAGAAGUUUGCCGGCGCAAAGGCUAUUUCAAGUGAUAUGUAUUUUGGUAGUAACGAGAUGGAAUGUGAGUUUUCCGCACCGUUUUCUGAUAUUUUAAUGAUUAAAGAAUGCAAUUUCGGAGACCUAAAACGGGCAGGCGCACCCCGGACCCUUUACAUAUUAUUUUUUCUGACUAUGCGUUAUGGUUUUCUUUUUCAGUACGAGACAAAAGCCGCACUUUCUCGUUUUGAGGGGCAGACAUCAUUAGGCUCAGCUGAUUUGUGGGGACAAGGGAGUCAACCUCAGUAUUCUCAGGUGCCUGAAAUGUCAGAUAUAAAAGAUUCAUUACGCGCUGGUGCGUCGAAGGUUGCUGAGAAAUUUUCAUCAAUUUCCACGUCUUUCUCAUCGUACAUGUCGGAUCCCUAA